AUGGAACCGGAAUGCGUCGAGGUGGAGACAGCGGAGUCCGACGGAGAGAUGCAAGACGAAGUCCCGGCGGAAGCGGACCUCACAGCCGCACCCGGUCACGCAACGCUGGACGGAAACUGUGAUGUUCCAACGCCCAGUGGGCGGCGAGCCACGGUGCACCAGCUGCUCACCGGGUGGAUGGCCUCCCUCAGGGCGGAGGAGUCCUGCCGGGACCGCGCCCAGGCGGUGAACUUGUGGCACUACCGGCGAAACGAGAACGCCUGCUGGCGGCUGAGCUUCCUGCGCCGCGCAGUGGUGGGCAAGGAAGGCUUCUCGGUCUGCGAGGCCUGCGGCUUCGGGCGCCAGGCGGUGCUCUGCAGCUGCGCGCCGGACCCCUGGCAGCCGCUGCCGGAGAUCGAGCCUGACGGGAGCGACCCGCAACUGCUGCUGGCUCCCAGCGAGCCCCCAGGCCUGGAGCCCGCGCUCACGGACUGUGCCCUGUGGCGGCACCUGCUGCGGGGCACCCACGGCUUCUCCCUGCACGGCCCGCAGACCGUGAGCUUGUAUCCUGAUGCGCCAGAGGCUGCCAGGAGCGCGCGGAGGCGUCAGCGCAACGCGGGCUGGCGCCGGUGGUGGCUCACCUGGCAGAAGGCGCGGGCCCGGGUCAACUUCGCGCCGGCUCCGAUACUGGCGCCGACCACCGUCUUCAUGCCGGUGCCGGUGCACUUGGCCUUCAAAGUGCAGCAGUACAUCGAGCAGCUGCUGCGCGAGGUGAAGUUCGCGGAGAACUUCUUCCUGCUGCGGGGCAACCACGAGUGCGCCUCGAUCAAUCGCAUCUAUGGCUUCUACGACGAGUGCAAGCGGCGCUACAGCAUCAGGUUAUGGAAGACGUUCACUGAUUGCUUCAACUGCCUGCCCGUCAGCGCGGUCGUGGAGGAGAAGAUCGUGUGCAUGCACGGCGGUCUCUCCCCCGAGCUGGGCUCCAUGCAGCAGAUCCAUCGGGUCAUCAGGCCAACAGAUGUGCCAGACACAGGCUUGCUUUGUGACCUGCUUUGGUCAGAUCCAGAGAAAGAGAUCAGCGGCUGGGGCGAGAAUGACAGAGGCGUGUCGUUUACCUUCGGGCCCGACGUCGUGAUGGGCUUUCUGCGGAAGCACAGCUUGGACCUCGUGUGUCGGGCACACCAGGUGGUGGAGGACGGCUACGAGUUCUUCGCCAGCAGGUCCUUGGUGACGCUCUUCAGCGCGCCCAACUACUGCGGGGAGUUCGACAACUCUGCGGCCAUCAUGACGGUGGACAACCGCUUAUGCUGCGCUUUCCAGAUCCUGCGGCCAAGUCGCUUGGAUGCGACCUUGAGCCUUCCGGAAGUGAGCGCCUUUCUCGUGACAAGGCCGGAGACGGACUCAGAGCGCCCGCCCGCGCGGGCGGUUCGAAGGGUCCUUUUUCCGGGCAACCUCGAAGAAGGCUUGUUCUGCAACCUGCUCGUCAAGAUCAUCUCAGUGCUCAAUGAUUCUUCAAUUCCGAGGGCAGCCGGCUGUGACUUCCUCACAGUGCUGAAGUUUCCGGAGGGUGCGCAGAAGGCAUUUCUGUUUCUUGCCCUGGCGAUCUCAGUGCAAGCCCACUGGAAGCUGAGGUCCGCCCGUGCCAGCUCCGCAGGGCCGCGGCCCAGGCGGAGCACGGAGUGUUGUACAAAGUACCCGCCCCGGGCAAAGCAGCCCUCGGGCAGAACCUACCAGCAGGAGGAUGCGGGAGGAAUGAGAGUGUGCUUUGGGCGGCAGCGUUCGCUAGUGUUUCCGCCGUCCUUGUGGCAGCCAAAGCCAGAUGCUGCCGCGAAGCCGAGCACGUCACUACGACGGGAGUAUGUGUACGGCUACAAUGGGAGCUGCCGCAACUCCUUGCACUUUAUCUCUGAGACAGAAAUCGUUUAUCCUCUUGCCUGUCUUGUAGUUGUCUUAGAUGUCACCUCCAACACCCAGCGCUUCUUCGAGGGCCAUACCAACGACGUGAAGUGCCUCGCCUGGAACGAGACAAAGCAGCUCUGCAUCUCGGGGCAGGACGACGUCAAGGGAGCGCAGGGUCCGAAAGCCUGCAUUUGGAGCACGGAGACGCUGGCAAGCUUGGACCUGCCACACCCCGGAGACUCGCGCUCGGUCUGCGCCUGUGCUCUGGGACCCGACGGCAACAUCGCGGUCACCUUCACCAGUGAGGAUACCAAGAGCUUCUACAUCUGGCGUGGCAACUUCAGCCGCCUGGUGGGCAGAAGCGGGCCGCUGACUCCCAUGUACUCGUGCUCCUCCGGGCGCCAGACCACCCACGGCAUCUUCAUGUUGGACGCUGGGUGCACCUCCUCCAUGCUGACCUUCAGCACCGUGGGCGAGUCGCACUUCAAGCAUUGGGUGUUGGACCUGGAGCAGCGGAACGUCAAGGUGAAUCAGAAGAAGGGGGUCUUCGGCAAGUGCCCGGCCGCCAGGAACCCGACCGGCUGGGCAUGGCACGACCAAGAUGGUACUGCCUGCCUGGUUGGCGACAACGGCCACAUCUUUUUGGUGACCAAUCACAGUGCCACAGCGGCCAAACGUUUGGCACCAGGCACGGGUGGCUUGGGCUGCGUGGCCAGGCUGCCGGAUGGCCGAUGGAUUGCUGGAUCCAUGGAGGGCAACAUCUACAUUGGUUCAGUUUUUCCCUUCAAGCUGGAGGAGGAAUUCCACUUCUCCCAGCUUCGGGGACAGGACGUGCAGGCCUUCUGCAGCACGUCCUCGGCCCGCUUCAACUCCGUAUCGGUGUCUGGCCACAUGGCCGUCUUCGGCGCUGCGAACCACAUCCCCUUGCGCAUGCUCUGCUUCGGCUUCCACGCGAUCUUUUUGGGAGAACAGGCCCUUUUCUUGGUGGACUACUUGCGCCGCGAGCUGCUGCGAGUUCUGCAAGUCUCCCAUAGCGCAGAGGCUUGGGCCCUGGACUUUCAUCCCAGCCUCUCCAUCAUGGCCACCGGCUCCGCCAAAGGGGGCGUGCGCUUCUGGAACGUGGCAGAACGCACGCCUGCGGUGGGCAAGGUGCUGAGAUCGGAGCAGAACCUGUCGCUGUGGUCGUUGGCAUUCCGGCCAACUGAUGGCUCGCUGCUGGCCCUUGGCUACGACAAGGGGCUCCUGGAGGUGGUUGGCUUCCCAUCCUUGCAGCCAACCUUCCGCGAGAGGUUGUCCCGCGCCUCAGAGCGCAUCAGCUCCUUGCGCUUCAGCGAGGACGGGCAGUUCUUGGCGGCGGGCUGCUGGGACCAAGAGGUCUACCUCCUGCGCGUAGAUGCGGAAGCAAAGGUCUACUUGUACCGCGUCCUCUCCGGGAAUUCCUCCAGCAUCACGGCGCUUCAAUUCUCCGGCGAUUCGCGCUUCGUGAUGUCCAACUCCAAAGAUUGCCAGGUGCUACAUUGGAGUACCAAGGACGGCUCUUUGCAGAGCUCGCACUCGGUCUUCAGAGACACCAGGUGGCAGAAGCCCUGGACGUGUGUCGUGGGUUGGCCGGUGAUUGGCCUCUGGAGUGACCCCAAGUACGACGCGCCGGGACCCCCAGCGAAGCCUGGGCUGACGAGACGGAUCACUGGAAGAUGGAAAACGGAGUCCGGGAGGAGCGCCCUCGGAGAACUUGUUGGCCUUUGGCCUGGAGCUUGGGCUAAGGGUCCAGCUCUCGAGUGA